UUAUAGUCAAGCACCGGCGCCGAUAAUGUUAUCUUUUGCUAACGCGAGGACAACCCGGAAGAAGAAGAAAUAUAAUCACAGCGAUAGUAAAAUCAGUAGUUACAAUAUGGAGUAUUUCAAUAUAAUAAAUACUGUGUAAGUUCCAAUCAGUUGCACGGGAGUGAACGAUAGCAAUAUGCAGCUUGGUUAAACGGGAAGUGUGGAAAUCAGGAUAUGACAAAAAUCUAACAAUGGAAGGAAAAAGAUAUAUGUACGCGGCGCAGCACUUUGCCUGGGACCAGAAGGACGGACUGGACAUGAAAAAGUAUUUCCUCAAGUACCGGAACCAGUUCCCUAUGCUGGGGGUAGUCCUGGAAGGCUGGUACGGUCAGACACGUUUUGACACCUACGAUAACCUUCAGGUGGUGCGAAUCCACGGAUACACGGAGCAGCAGCGGGUGGUCGCCACUGAUUCCAACUCCCCUUCCGAAAGGUUUAUAACAAUUCCGGUGGACACCGCAGUCAAGUUCUGCGUCAUACGAGGCCACAACACAACUGAACAGAUGCGCACUCUGUCCUAUAUUCUGGAGAACAACCAACUUCCGGUGCUCGUGCGCAUGUCAUGUGACGAGAAUCAUCUGCUCAAAAUGGGAACCAGUCACUACAAUGCCGGCCAGUUUGGGAACCUGCUCAUUACUGAACAGUAUAUAGAGUAUUACCUCAUGCUAAACAGUGUGGAUGGGACCGCCAUAGACCCGGAGAUGCGACCGGAAGGGAACCUGAUGUUUCUUACGGAGAACCUCUCGAUGACGCCAGUCACCGGCUUCAAGGACCGCUCGCAGGAGGACUUCCAGCGCUACAUGGCCGCCCUCGCCGCACAGGCCGCCCAGUACGAGUACGACACGCGGAGGGGGAAUCCCGAUUUUGCGGAGUACUACGCUAGAGACAUAAACAGGAAGACAGGUGACGGAGGGAUCCCGACCGUUAACCCGCCCGCCAUACCCGGCAUGGAUAUGGAUGACCAAGAAUCUGAAGAAGAACUGUACGAGGAGAUGCCACCAGAGCUCCCGCCGCGGCCACCCUCGCAUCCAGAAAGCCCCAUAUCGCCGACAACCGACAAACAUACAUCCCUGCACGCCGUCACUGUUACAGACGCCGGGAAAACGAAAAACAAACCGCAUGGGCUCCGUAAUCUUUUGAAACGCGACAAACCCAAAGAGAGCUUAAUUGAGGAUACUUCGGAGCGGUCGCCAAAGUUAGGGACUGAACUCAUUAUUAAACCAAAGACGGAGAAACCAGCGUCACCAACAUCCAAGAACUUGAAGAGACAUAAAACAUUAGAAAAAAAAGACGGCCCAAGAGGAAAACCAAACGAUUACCAAAAGACAGUUUAUACUGCUGGCACCUCUAAACAAGCGACUAAGCCUACCAAUGAAUCGAAUGUUUCUGGAGGAAGUGGUUCGACCCCAGUAAUACCUACACGACCAAAACCAUCAAUUCCAGCAGUUCCCAAAGAUGGACAGUACCAGACGCUAGCGGAAGGAGCGCCGCCUCCCACCUAUCUGCACAUGAAGGAUGAAUCAGAGGAGUCCAUGUACGAGGUCGACCCGGAACCGGAAGUGGAGCAGCCCGAGUACUGUGUGGCGUAUCAGGACAUGCGGGGAAUAUCUAGAACGCCUAACAAAAAUCAAAACCAAGAAACAAAAGAAAAUCCCGAAGUUACUCCAACAACACAAGCACGAACCAGUGAAGUGUACGAAUAUAUGGCUGCUACGUCACAAACCGGAAAUGAAGAUAUGACGUCAACAAAGAAUAUACCUAUGACGUCAUCAUCUGCGGGUCAACGAAAAGGGCAACAACGAACAGGCAAAAAUACAGUACCGGAUACGAAACACGCUAAGAAAAAUACUGCAGAACGUAAUCCGGCAAUGCCUAAAAACACUAAACAUAGUGCAAACAACGAUAAUAGGGCAGACUCACAAACAAAUCAGACGACACCAGCGAACGUGCAAUCUAUGGAUAUUGGAAAACUCUGUGACGUCUUAAAACAGCUUAAACUCGAUAAAUACGUACAAACAUUCCAUGAUAACGCCAUAGACGGCAUGAUCGUGUCGAGUCUGAAGUCAGAGGAAUACCAGACAGAGCUUGGAAUGACGCGUCUAGAGGCGCUCAGACUCUUCCAUUUUGUCCAGUCUGGUCACAUUCCAAAAUAGAUGUGUUCUAAGACAGUGCUGUUGUUAAUAAUUUUAUCUCGCAAACUUAAUUUAUUGAAACUAUUUGUGUGAAAUGUACAUUUCUGUAUGUAUUAUAAACCAGUAUAAGUGUAAGAACAUUUCUGCAUGUCUCCCGCCUUGUCAAAUGUGUUGGUAUAAAUACCAAAAAAAUAAGAUUAUAAACUCAGUUGUAUGGAGGGCCCAAUAUUUAUAACCUCAAAUAUUUGAAGAUGUCAGCUAUCUUUAAAUCAAUUUUGGGUAAGUAAAGAAUUGCAGUUAUCUAUCAAUCAUUUGUUACCCUCAUUAAUUUAAUAAAAUAUCUCAAUUGAUUUGAAAACUAAUUCAAUUAGAAGGAGAAACACUUAUUUAGAGACCACAUCAAAUUAAUUGAAGAGGUAUAUAAUUGAUUUAAAGAGGUCCCCCAUUAUAUGAAGAGGUCCCCCAUUAUAUGAAGAGGUCCGCCAUUAUUUGAAAAGGUCCCCAUUAUUUGAAGAGGUCUCAAUUCUUUUGAAGAUGUCCCCAAUUAUUUUAAGAGGUCUGCAACUAUUUAUAGAGCUCCUAGAAUAUUUGUGUUUGUAUAGAUUUGGCAUCCAUACGUUUUCCAUCAAUAUUGAAAAAGUUUUUUUUUUAUGAACAAUUCGACUUUAGUUUACCCUCUAUUUCAAUAAUGCGUUUAGUUAAGGGUCAUCCACAAUACAUAAUGGUUGGGGAAAGCCCCUCCUCCACCCCCAACCCUAAAAACAUCAAUGAUCAUAAAGUCUGGUUUUGAAAUACAAAACUUUGCAAGGGUAAAACUGACAUCCUUUGCAAGGGUAAAACUGACAUCCUUUGCUUUGCAAGGGUAAAACUGACAUCCUUUGCAAGGGUAAAACUGACAUCCUUUGCAAGGGUAAAACUGACAUCCUUUGCAAGGGUAAAACUGACAUCCUUUGCAACAGGGUUUGGUAUGUUAGGAGUUGAACAAUUCGUAGAAGGAAUAUUUCGUCAAAUAUUUGUUGAGAUUCUGUUUGCAUUCUAACGGAAAAGUCUUUCUAUAAUAUAAUACAUGUUCAGUGAUAGGAAAUGUUUAAGAUACAUUCACUAUAAUACUUCUUUUUUGCUAAAAAGGUCUAUUCAAGAAUGUUAUAUGCAAGUCAAGUCAACAUAUUCAUACACUCAAAUGCAUUCACAACACAUGAACAAAAUGAAGUAAUUUAUAAAAACAAUACAAUUCAGGGACUCAAAUUGAGUAUUCCAAGACAUAACAUUCAUUCAUAUUACCAAAUAUAUUAAAGGACCAGAUAGUCCCGUUUGACAUAAGUAAGGAUCGAUAUUGCACGUGGAUCAUUGAAAUCAAACAUUGCUAUUUUUCUGCGAAUUAUAAAAAUGGGUUAAGUACAAUGGGGGAGUCAUAACUUUUAACUUUAUAUAUAUGCAAAAUGUCUUUUUGAUAAAUAAAAAUAGUAAUGUUUUCAAACAAUCUGUUUAAGAAUAGCAGAAACCAUUUUACACAUAUUAAAAAAAAACACAUUUUUAUAAGUUAUGUUUACCUGCUGUUCAAGUUUAUUUAUGUUUGGAGGUAUGUUAAAAUACAUGUAUGGCUUUAUAUACUGCUUACGUUCGUUAUCAAAAAUAUUACUGUAACACUGGAAUAAAAAUGAAAUUAA